CGCGGGUCAGCUGACCCCGGCGGUGGAGGCAGAACCCAGAAGCCCGACCGCUGCGGUGGACCUGGACUUGGUCCCUCGCCUGCCUCCCUGCACCAGUGCCCUUUGGUCAGCUGUGGCCAUGGGCUGGAAGAAGCUGGGCUCCAGCAAUUUCUCCAGCUGCCCCAAUGGAUCCCGGCAGUGGAUAUGGGACGUGUUCGGCGAGUGUGCUAAGGACGGCUGGGAUGAGGCCAGUGUGGGCCUGGGCUUGAUCUCCAUCCUCUGCUUCGCGGCGUCCACCUUUCCCCAGUACAUCAAGGCCUGCAAGACGGGAAACAUGGACCAGGCCCUGUCGCUGUGGUUCCUACUGGGCUGGAUCGGAGGCGACUCCUGCAACCUCAUCGGCUCUUUCCUUGCGGAUCAGCUGCCACUGCAGACCUACACGGCCGUGUAUUACGUCCUGGCAGACCUGCUGAUGCUGUCGCUGUACUUCCACUACAAGUUUAAGAAACGCCCCUCUCUGUUGUCCACCCCCAUCAACGCUGUGCUCCUGUUCACGCUGGCCAUGGCCUGUGUCGCCCCACUGCUGAGCGUCCCCCGCCCCAGGGCUGCGCCGGCAGAGGUCUUCCGGGGCCGCGCGCUCCUGUCGGUGGAGCCAGGAAAUAAGCCCUUCACCCGGAAGGAGAUCGUUGGCUUCGCCAUCGGCUCUGUGUCCAGCGUGCUGUACCUGCUGUCCAGGCUGCCGCAGAUCCGCACCAAUUUCCUGCGGCAGUCUACCCAGGGCGUCUCCUACUCGCUGUUCGCCCUGGUCAUGCUGGGGAACACGCUGUACGGACUGAGUGUGCUGCUCAAGAACCCCGAGGAGGGCGAGAGCGAGGGCAGCUACCUGCUGCACCACCUGCCCUGGCUCGUGGGCAGCCUGGGCGUGCUGCUGCUGGACACCAUCAUCUCCAUUCAGUUCCUGAUAUACAGGAACACAGACACCACCGCCACCUCCUCGGAACGCCGGCCUCUCCUCCAGAGCUGAUCAGGACCUGGACUGGCCCAGGAUGACAGUGACUUCCAGAGGCCACUCCCAGGAAGGACACAGCAUGGACCGGAGAGGUGCUGCAGGGCCCAAGCACUGGGCAGGCACUGGGCUGCCUGCCCCCCCACCCCCCAGCAGGCCAGCUCUUCCCCCGUUGCCCUUGAGAAUCUUCAGCACCAGGGAUUCAGGCUCAGUCUCCACUGUUGGGGCCUCCCACGGGGGUUGCUGCAGGAACCCGAGCAUGCAGCCCCCCGGCCCACCUACCUCAUUCUGCCUGCUCGCCCGGGAUGCGUGGCUGGUGCCCUGCUCAGCCCCACGGACUCCAGACGACUAGUAAAGGGCAUCUGCGACCAGCCCCUCUUGCUCCUUCCCCCAGGUGCUGGGGCACGGCAGCAGGGAGGGAUCUGGUCUGCACUCUAGGUCCCAGGUGGGGUGCUGAGCAGGAGGGCAAGGAGAGGGCCUCUUCCCCAGUGUGUGUCUCUAUGACGACUCUGCCCCUGGUGACAGUGAGGCCACCCAUCAGGCCCCUGCGUUGUUGUGCUCAGGGAGAAGGGGCGCAGAUCUGGGUUCUUGAAUCUCUGCUGCUCUGGGCCUCACUUGUCCCCAUCUGUGUAAUGGGAUGGCAUUGCAACUGCUUCCUUCUUUCUUGUAAGAUGGUGGCAUUGUGGAGCUCAGCCCUAGGGUCUGUUCACGGAGUGAGAGCUCAAUAAAGGU